GUUUAGUUUAGUUACUUAGUAAAAGAGAACAAAAUUAUAGACAAAGCAUGGAACACACAGAGACACACUGUUGCAGUCCACAACAAGCAAGGAGUCAUCUAGUGGGCCCAUGUUGCAUGUAGGACACUUUGUCCACCUAUCUUAUCCCUCUCGGAGUGGGUGUGUGUAAUACACUCUUCAAAUGCAAAGAUUCCUGUAAACAGCAACAGAGACCAGAGCUCUGAAUCUGAUAGAAAAAUACAUGAACAGAUAGAUUUGACCAUAAAAGGAAAAAUACCCAUUAGUUUCUUCAUCAUUGCACAAACUCCAACUGUUACAGCACCCAAACCCCCCAAAAAAAAAAUAAAAAUAAAAAACUAAAGAAUUCCAAGCUUUCUCCAGAUUAUUCCCUUUUCUAUCCUACAUAAUGAAGCCAGAAUCCUUUUAAGUUUUGACCAGUGCGGAACAUGCAUAGCCUAAUCAAAAUCUUGAAGCCUGAUGAUUCCCUUUUCUUUCUUUUUUUCUUACAUAUUCUAAAUCAUAACCCAGUAUCCAGAACUCUUUAAUUAACCAGUACUUAGCAUAAGCAUACAUCACCAAGCUAAAUCUUGAGCCAAGUAAAGAAAUGGGCUAUCUUGAUUCAUUACUUUUCUUGAUUCUUUCUCUCUUUGUUUUAUUCCAUACUCAAGAAGCAGCCACGGAUUUUCCUCUUUCUAGCUUCAAUAACAUAACAUCUCAAUGUCCUAUGGAUCUUAAUUAUGUCUUAAGAAUCCCCUGGAACAAAACUUCUUGCCAAAAUUACCAACCAUCUCAGGACAACACUAGCAAUCCUCAAAACGACAUCACCAGCACAGACCCAUGUUGCAGGACUCUUCUUUCUCUUUUUGGAGUAGGUCUUGCUCAACAUCUUAAAGAAACCUCUCUUUUUCAGCUUCCAAGCUUUAACACUUCUGUUUCUUGUCUUAAAGAUUUUCAAGAAAAGCUUAGUUCUUUAUUUUUUCCAGAUGAUAUUGUUUCUCAUUGUUUAGACCCUAAUCAGUUUGUUUUAACUCCUAAUAUAUGUGCUGAAGUUCAGACUUAUCAGGAUUGGGUUACUAAAUUGGGCAAGUCAACUGCGCUUGAUUCAGCCUGUAAGCCUGAUCUUGUUGAUCUUACAUCUUGCAGUGCAUGUGUUGCAGCUGGGUUUAAAGUCCAGUCGUCUUUGAUAUUGAUUGAUGGUGAUAAAACUCAUGCUACGGAUUGUUUUUACUUUACAGUUUUAUAUGCUGCUGGUAUUGUUAAUGAGUUUGGUCCUGAAAGUGAUGGUGCCGUUACUUGUAUUUUUGGGCUAGAUUUGGAUUCUAAGGUGGGUUCAAGUAAUAAUGGUCAUUCUGCUCUUGUUUUUGGUUUAACUGGUGCCAGUGUUGCUGUUUUGGUUAUGUCUAUUUUGUUAGGAUUGUAUUUCUGGUAUGACAAGAAAAGGAGAAAAAGGAAUCCUCCUUCUCCUUUUGAUUUGGAGGAACGUGGGUCUAGGCCAAAAUUGAGGCCUAACACUGGGUCAAUUUGGUUCAAGAUUCAUGAUCUUGAGAAAGCAACUGAUAAUUUUUCGCAGAAGAAUUUUAUUGGGAGAGGAGGGUUUGGUUUUGUUUACAAGGGGGUUUUGUCUGAUGGAACUACUGUAGCUGUUAAGAGGAUUAUAGAAUCUGAUUUUCAAGGUGAUACUGAAUUUUGCAAUGAAGUUGAGAUUAUCAGCAAUUUGAAGCACCGGAAUCUGGUGCCGCUUAGAGGGUGUUGUGUUGUUGAUGAAGAUGAGGAUUAUAUUGAGAAAGGGAGUCAAAGAUAUCUUGUUUAUGAUUAUAUGCCUAAUGGGAAUCUUGAUGACCAUUUGUUUCCAUCAACUGAUAAUCGAAAUGAGAAGAAACUAUUGACUUGGCCUCAGAGGAAGAGCAUAAUCUUGGAUGUGGCAAAGGGGUUAGCUUAUUUGCAUUAUGGAGUGAAGCCUGCAAUUUAUCAUAGAGAUAUUAAGGCCACAAAUAUAUUGUUAGAUGCUGAUAUGAGAGGAAGAGUGGCUGAUUUUGGGCUGGCAAAGCAGAGCAGGGAAGGUCAGUCUCAUCUUACAACAAGAGUGGCUGGUACUCAUGGAUACUUGGCUCCUGAAUAUGCUCUUUAUGGGCAAUUGACAGAGAAGAGUGAUGUUUAUAGCUUUGGGAUCGUUGUUCUUGAGAUAAUGUGUGGGAGAAAAGCUCUUGAUUUGUCUUCUUCAGGGUCUCCACGAGCUUUUUUGAUCACUGACUGGGUUUGGUCAUUGGUUAAGGCUGGAAAAAUAGAAGAGGCUUUGGAUCCUUCUUUGUUGAAGGAUGGGGAUUCUUCAAACUCAAACCCAAAAGCUAUAAUGAAGAGCUUUGUGCUUGUUGGGAUUUUGUGUGCUCAUGUUAUGGUGGCUCUAAGACCUACUAUAAUGGAUGCUCUGAAAAUGUUGGAAGGAGAUAUUGAUGUUCCCCCAAUUCCUGAUCGGCCAAUACCUCUUAGCCAUCCUUCCUCUUUCGGUGAUGGCAAUACCUUCACCAUCUCACCAGCACUGAGUUUUCCACAAUUGAACAGUGGAGACAUGCUCAGGCUUCCGGAACUAAAAAUCAAGACACAUAUGCCGGCUUAGUAUCAAAUGAACGGACUACCGAGGGCAACCAUAGUGUCAGGAUUGAUAACACAGACUGCAGGGACUGUAAUUAGCUGAUUUAGGCCAAUUUAAGUGGAGGAAAGAGGUGUACGGGAUUCUUGGAAACUGAGGCAUGAGAAGGUGGCCAAGUGGACAAUGCGUAUUGACUGGAAGGAGAUAUUGCCAUGGACGUCAAGUAAGGAGAGGUGCAUGAAUUCUCAUAAGCUCUUGCAUUGUUUUUUCUUUUUUCCUUUUCUGGCGUAAGCAUUUACUUUAGUGGUAGUGGCUGGAAAUUUUCAAGAAUGCCGACUGAUGAAUGAAUUAAAUAUAGUGUUAAGAGUGAGAGUGCUCUUUCUUUGCAUCUUCCGAAUUGAAUCUUUCUUUCCUUUUUUUCCCCUCUAAUUUCUCGACAUAAUGAUGCGACUCUUUAGCAUCAGAAUUAUUAUUUUUGCAAUUCUCUAUACACUACAAAUGUUUAUCUCUAAACAGGAGAUACCCUUAUUUUCUUCAUACAUUUUCUUU